ACAUUGACGGUGUCACCUAAGGAUAGUGUUCAAACAUAGAUAAAUACCAUUGACUCUUUAUCAGCUGGGUGGCAGAUGGCAGUACGUUGCUGCAACACCAUCAUGUACGGUACUACAUACACGAUGACCUCCUGCUGUCCCACCGGUGUGUCCUGGUUGUUGGUGGCCUCCUAUGCUGUGCUGCUGGGUGUAGGAGGAGUGGGAAUAUGGGUGUCAGCCAACAACUUUUGGGAGGAGGAACCUCUUCCACCAACACCUCCCGAAGCACCUGAGGUUACAACUACCACUCCAAACCCUUAUCAGUAUUAUAGCAGAAAUGAUAAGAAAUCAGUUUCUGACACAUACAAAGAGUAUGUUUAUGCAAGUAGGGAUUUUUCAAGAGCCACGAGUGAUGCAAGGCUAUAUGUCAUGCUACCUUGUGCAGUCUCUGUGGUGGUGGCUGCCUUGGUAUUAGUAGCUGGUCUCCAUUCCAGGCAGUUCUUUUCUUCUACUUUUAGCCUGUAUAGCACACUGUGUUUGUGGAUACUGACUCUUACUUGGAUGAUUGUGUACCAGAAUGUAAUAGCUUGGUAUUCACGCAUGAAUCUGAAUUCUGUAAGCUGGAUUGUCGGCUUCCAAACUGGAAUGAUGCUGCUGCUGUCUGCUCAGAUUGUGCUUUGUGUGUGGGAGCUUCGACGAUCAAGAUCCAGCUGGCCCACCAUCAACCUUCGGAGUUUGUUCACCGCAGAAGCAUUGUUUGUGACUGCCAGAUUGACUCUCACAGCAUACACCAUCCUGUUUUUGGCAGAUUCACAAAUGAUCCGUGGAUUUAGUCAGAACCGUGAGAAUCAAUAUGAUGAUUUUUAUGAGACUCCAGGUAUCAGAUACCCUCUGGUUUUGACCCUUACAUGCUUCAGUGCUGCUUGCUACAGUGCUGUGGCUACCUUAGAGACAGCACUAUCCAUGUUACUGGGGAAACUGCACACUUGUAUGACAGGCAUCAGUACUCUGCUGUCAGCACUUUGCUGUGUCGCUGUUGCUGUCAUCACUUCUCCUGUCAUUGUGAAGAUACUCAUCCAACCACGCUACAUUUAUCCAGAGACAAUGUACUUUUCUAUUGGUCUGAGUGUGGUGACGUUCCUACACUUGAUUGCCUGUGUGGGCUUCUCAACUGCUUCAAGGUCACCGCAGAUUGUCAAUAAGAUACUGAACAGUGUGGGGCCAACCCUACGUUCUCUUGGUAGUUUGAGAAUAAGUGGACAGUUUUGGCACCUAGAACUACCAGAAAAGAAAGAAAGAAUCAAUUUAAUUUUUAACUUGAUAUCAUCGAUUUUCUCAGUGUUUUCAAUAAUCAUCAUCGUAGCAGCUUGGGACUCUCCACUCUACCGAGCCUGGGGAUCUGUCUUGGUGCUGUGCGUCAACUCUGCAGUCUUGACGCGAACUCUGCCACCUGUUGUGAUGCAGCUAAAAUUCAAGCAGCCAGAAAAUACUCCUAUGAAUCAGAAAUUGAUGAGCCUGAUACUUGAAACUGUUCCUCUUUUAGUGGGAGCCAUUGCAAUGUGUGCCAGAUUGUAUUAUGGAUUGGAAAUUUUUGCUGGUGUGAUAAACAUUUUGUUUUCUGCCUUUCAGGUCUUCAUCAUCCUUCAUCUGCUGAAGAGUAAGACUGCAGUGAUAAAGUUGAAUGAAGAUGAGUGCUUGACAGGCACUGAGGAAGUUGCCAGUCAAGACAAUACUGAUGAACAGACUACUCAUGACCUUUUAGCCUAAAGGAGAUUUAUACAUCCAUAUAUACUGGUUUUCAGUACCUCAUGUAAUGCCAGGCCAGCCCUCCUUAAUGGGGCUGUAACUGUUGUGAUGCUUUUUGUAGAGGGUCAGAUGUGGUAUUUUGUAUGGCUUUAUUACUCACUUGCAACUGCUUAAUGAGUACUGGAUGAGCAAACAUUUCUGAAUAACUUCACAGUGAAGACUUACUCCCUAAGUAAUGAAGUUAUUCAUCUGUGGUUAAUGUAUAGUAACCAUAGCUUUCAUAAAGAAUAUAUAUCUACACUGUGUAGCUGUUGCUUUUAGAAAUAUUCUGUAAUAAAUCAUUAAGAUCCUAAUAAGAGUAACAUGCAGAGCCUGAAGUUGUCAUCCAGAUGUGCUGACAUCCUCCAUCUCUGAGGCAUAAUGUGAUGAUUAUGUUUCCAAGUAUCCUUGGUGAACGCUUGGCUGGUGACAAAAAAAAAGCAUUGCUGCUAUUGGUACUCGGGUUCCAGAUUUUAAAGGUUUGUAGUUGAAAGUUACAGAGAUGAAAUGCUCUCUCUCUCUCUCUCUCUCUCUCUCUCUCUCUCUCUCUCUCUCUCUCUCUCUCUCUCUCUCUCUCUCUCUCUCUCUCUCUCUCUCAAUUUUAAGAUUCUUUGAUAGCAAGGGGUGUUUCCCAGAUGACGAUACCCAAGAAAAUAAUUCACUCCUCCAACUAAUGUUUUUAAAUUGUAAUUUUUGGAUUGUGCAGAAACAAAUAAACUUUUCACAGGAUCA